AUGAUCAAGGAAGACAUUGCUUCUGGAGGUGUAAUACACAUUAAUACUGCUUUACAAGAGGUGUUGAAGACCGCCCUGAUUCAUGACGGUCUAGCACAUGGAAUUCACGAAGCUGCCAGAGCCCUAAACAAUAUGGUGCACCAAGCCCAUCUUUGCAUGAUUUCAUCCAACUGUGAUGGGCCUAUGUAUGUCAAGUUAGUAGAGGUCCUUUUUGCUGAACAACAAAUCAAUCUGAUUAAGGUUGAUGACAACAAGAAAUAGAGGAGUGGGUAGGCCUCUGCAAAACUGACAAGAGAGGGAACAACACGGAAAAUGAUUGGUUGCAGUUGUGUGGUUUUUGACUAUGGCAAAGAAUCUCAGGCCAAGGAUGUCCUUGAAGAAUAUUUCAAAUGCAAGAAAUGGACG